CUGCAUCCUGCAUCAUUGAUUGCUUACCAACACAUGCGUUUUUAAGUCUUUGGUGUUGCAUAAAUAAUUCUUACUAGGCUCUUCCUAUCACUCUUCAAGUUCUAAGGAAAAUGGGAACAACUGACCCUGAAUUUGAUUUUGUUUUAAGCCAACGCAAAGCAUUUGAUGAAACCCAAGCUGGAGUGAAGGGGCUUGUUGAUGCGGGUGUUAAGAGUGUCCCUACCUUAUUCCUCCACCAACCUCAGAAAUUUGAGAAAGCCUCAAAUUUAGGCAACAUAAGGCAUGUUAUUCCAGUCAUAGACCUUGCAAAUAUUGGCAAAGAUCCAAGUAAACGCCAAGGACUUGUUGACAUAGUCAAAGAAGCAUCUGAAACAUGGGGUUUCUUUCAGGUGAUGAAUCAUGACAUCCCUGUGAGUGUUCUUGAGGAGAUAAAAAAUGGGGUGAAAAGGUUUCAUGAGCUGGAUACUGAAGCCAAAAAAGAAUUCUAUUCACGAGAUAGAUCAAGAUCCUUUCUGUAUAAUAGCAAUUUUGAUCUAUACGGCUCACAGCCAGCACUUAAUUGGAGAGAUAGUUUUAGGUGUCGAUUGUAUCCUGAUACCAAACCAGAAGAAAUUCCUUUAGUGUGCAGAGAUAUACUGCUGGAUUAUAGGGCACACAUAAUGAAACUUGGGAUUUUGCUGCUUGAGUUGUUUUCAGAAGCUCUUGGUCUGAAUCCAAACUAUCUGAAAGAUAUGGGAUGUGCUGAGGGGCUUUUUUCUCUUUGCCACUAUUAUCCUUCAUGUCCUGAACCAGAUUUGACUAUCGGAACCAAUAACCAUUCUGACAAUGAUUUUUUCACAGUGCUUCUCCAGGACCACAUUGGUGGCCUUCAAGUGAAAUAUCAUGACAACUGGAUUGACAUAACCCCUGUACCGGGUGCCUUGGUAGUUAAUAUUGGGGAUCUUUUACAGUUUAUUACAAACGACAGAUUCAAGAGUGCUGAACACAGAGUGCUCGCAAAUCAUGUUGGUCCAAGAAUAUCUAUUGCAUGCUUUUUCAGCCCAAGUGCGAAGGCAUCCUUAAGGAUUUAUGGACCUAUAAAGGAACUAUUAUCAGAAGACAAUCCUCCAAAGUACAGGGAAACUACAUUUGCUGACUAUGAAGCCAACUAUAUAGCAAAAGGACUGGAUGGUACUAGUGCUCUUACACGUUACAGGAUUUGAACUAGGAAAUAUGUAGAAAAAACUGAAGAUUAGUAAAAGGUUGAAGAGGAUGAAACGGAUAGAUAUGAACCUCUAAGAAGUCAGAGAGCGAAUUUUCUGAUUCUGUGUAUUUUAUUAUUAUUACUGAAAUGGAAGUGAUACAAGUUGUGUGCCUUUGUAUAGUAAGCGUAUACAUAAAGAAAGGAGUUAGUUACUGGUCA